AUGGCUACUACUGAUAAUUGGAUUAGAUUCUAUCGAUGGUGUCAAGAACAUUUAAAAUCACAUUUUAUAUCAUCAUCAAUAUUUAAUAAUAAUCGUCAUCGUUUAGUACAUCGUCGUUCAUCAUUAACACCAUUUCGUUCAACAAAUAAUUCUCCUUUAAAAAAGAUCAAAAAACGUGCUUCAUAUGGUGAAAUCGAUGUACAUCGAAUUGAUAAUAAUAAUUUUCGACAUGUGCGUGAUAGUAUACGUGGCAAUAUUCCUCAUGCAACACGAAUAACAUCAACAACUACACAUAAAGAAAGAUAUCAAGUUCAAAAAUCAACAACGUGUAAUAAAUCAUCAGAAGAAAUUUUAUCUCAUGAAUUUAAAUUUAUACCUUCAAAUUUAAUAACAAUGAAUAAAAAACGUAAUAAUCGAUCUCGACGUUUUUCACUUGCUAAAGUUGAAAUAUUAACUGUAAAUUCGAAUAGAACAAAAGAUGAACAAAAAUCAACAGCACCAUCUACUAGUCUUAAUAUUAUUCAAAAAUUACUUUUUCGACAAAUUAAUCCUAAAACUCGACCUUAUUCAAGAGGAACAUCUUCUGAUGGUAAUGUGGCUACAACAAAAGUACUAAAUGAAACACCCACUAAUCUUCGAGCGCCUAGUCCAGCAUUUUCAAAACAGCCAGGAACGAGUUCAUCAUCUUCUAAUAUUUCUAAACAAAAUAUUCGUCAUGGAAGAGAACCUUUACUAUCAUUACCACCUAAUAAAAUACCAUUGAAAAAUCAUUCAUCGGAUUUAAAUCCAUAUUUAUCUAAACGUCGUAAUACAACUGGAAGUAUAUCGUUGAAUAAAAUUGUUGAUACUAAAAAUACAUUAAAUGGAAAUACUUUAUUAGCAACAGCUGUUAAUGCAUUUAAUAAUUCAAAUAAUAAAAUACAAAUUGAAAAAGACAUUUUUCAAACGGUCGAAGAUUCAGAUUUUCUUCUAACAAAACAAUUUAUUCAAACAAAUGAAAAUAUUAUUAAUUCAUAUAAUGAAUAUGAUUGGCGUCCAUUGGAUAUUGCUAUAAUGCUUAAUAAUAUUCUAAUGGUACAAUUUCUUUUACAUUAUGGUGCUGAAGAAAGUCCGAAACUUCAAUCAACAGAUUCUCGUUAUCAAAGUGUUUGUCACCAACUAUCGAUGCUUAGUGAACAACAUUCUGAUGAUUCGAUUAAAAAAUCUCCAUCAAAUAAAUUAUCACCUGAUGAUAUUCAAUCACGUCGUUUAUCACCAUUAUGUGACAAACAACAACGUCAUCGUCGUACAAGUAAAAAUCAACAACAACAACAAUUCAAUCAACAACGUUUAUUAACAUUAACUCAAAUGAAAGAUAAUUAUGAACAAGCAGUUGUUCCCGAUGCACCAACAAAUGUUCGUUUAAUGGUUACAGGUUCAGAUAAUAUAACUGUAACAUUUGAUGAACCAUUACGAUCAAAUGGAGCUGUGGUUAUUAAAUAUAAAAUUGAAUGGAGUACAGAUGAAUAUUUUAAUCAAAUAUCAUUUGAUAUAAUUAAAAAUUGUUUUUCAAGAGAAUAUAUUAUUCGAAAUUUAUCUGUUGGACAAAAAUGUUAUGUACGAGUAUUAGCUGGAAAUAUGAAAGGUUUUGGUGAAGCAAAUAUUGCUAAUCCACCUUAUUGUAUACCAUCAAAUUGGCGAGAAUUUUCUAAAAUAUCACGUACAAAUAUGUAUGAUUUACGUUUUGAAGAAAUUCUAAAUAAAAUUUUCAAUGAACGAGAAGGAAUUAGAAUUAGUAAAUCAUUAGAAGGAAAUGAAUCAUCUGAUACAUCAAAUAGAAGAAAUCCUCGUCGAAAUUAUGGAAAUCUUCGAAAAAAUCUUCGACAAUUAUUUCAAUUUUAUCCUAGAUUAGCAAAAACGAUAAAACGAGGGCUUUAUUUAGUAUCAGUUAUGUUAAAUGGUGAUCGAAUAUUAGUAACAAAUGAAGAUGUUUUACCUAUGGUUGAAGUUGAUGAAAAUUAUGGUCAUAAUUUAUUACCAGAUUUUCAAUGGUUUAUGAAAUUAACAUUUGUUUGGGAUGAUUUAAAAAGUUUAAGACCUAAAUUAGAACGAUGUUCAAGUGCAACUUCAUUUUAUUUAAGAAUGAAACUUGUUCAAGCUGCUAUUGAACUUCAAACAUUAGAAGAAAUAAAUAAUCUUGGUCGUCUUCAUUAUACAUAUAUUCGUGAUAAUGAUGGUAAUGUUGUAUUUGUAUUAAUAAAUGAUUUAUCUUCUGAUAUACGUACAAAUAUUUCUCCAUCAAAUUUAAAAUGGAUGACAAUGACAAAAUUUUUUGAAAUAAUGAAAGAAUCUCCAUCAUCAACAAAUAAUUCUUGUCUUCAACAAAUAAUUGAAAAACUUCCAGAUAUGAUUGAAUUUUAUCAUGCAUCAAUGUGUCGUCUUGAGUCUGGUUUAUAUGUUGCCUAUUUAAAAAUGCAAAAUAGUGUUGAUUCAAUACGUGUUAUGGUUAAUAAAUCUAUGCCCGGUUCAUUACCAUGUACAAAAAUUCGUUCUGUAGCUAAUGUAUCCAGAGAAGAAUGGGCAUGGUUACAUAAAAGUAAUGAUGAAAAUUCAAUUGAAUAUGAAUCUUCAGAUAAUAAUAAUAGUCUUGAUUUAUUUAAAAUUCAGUUUCGUAACGCAGCUAAAGACUUAUUCAUUAUGCUUAAUCUUCCUGAAACACAUUUUUCAAAUAGUCGAAUAUAUAGUUCACAAGUUGUUGAAAUUCGUGAUGAUUUAUCAUUAAUUAUUUUAAUGUCAACUGCUGAUGAAAUUAAUUUUCUUUCUGCACCAUCAAAUUAUUCUCUUACAUCAUUUAUUUAUUUACCUAUAUAUAUUUUUGAAGUUUUACAACAUAUAAGUAAUAAUUAUCGUUUUAUAUGUCAAUAUAGUCGUGUAUCAAUUUGUCUUGAUUUUGAAUUAAUAUAUGCACAACAAAAUCAACGUGAAGCAUUUUCAAUAAAUGAAUUAGAUGAAACACGUUAUCGUCUUAAUCAUUUAUUAUCAUGUCAACAAGAUCUUGAUGAUAUAUGGCGUUUAUCACGUUGGCUUGUACAUGUUAUAAAUUGUGCUAAAGAUAAAACAUAUUCUGGUAUAUCACUUAAACCAUUUCAAUCAUCAACAAAUUUAAAUGAAAUUAAAAUAAAACAAUCAUCAUCAACAUCAUCUUUAAUAUGUUCAUUUGAUUCAAAUAAUCAUUUAAGAAUGAAAAAUUUAAAUAAUUUUAUUGAUUUUGAAGAUAAUACAAUUGAAUUAACAUUUUAUAAUUCAUUAUUAUCAUCAAAUACAUAUAUACCAUUUAAAUUACGAAUAAAUAAAAUGACAAGAUUAAAUGAAAUUUUAAAAAUUAUGUUAAAACAACAACAACAUGAUAUUUUUUUAAAAUCAAAUUCAUCAUUAAAAUUUAUUUGGAUACGUUCAAAUCAAUGUGAAUAUAUAAUGGAAGAAAAUUCAACAGCUUAUGAAAUUCAAACACGUCUUUUACGUUUUGGUGGACAAAUUCAUUUACGUUUAAAUAAUUCAUCAUCAACAAAUUCAUCACCAAUAUUUAGUAAAACAUCAAAUUUAUUUCCACCCACAAUAGAUAUGAUUUCAAAAGGACCUGGAUCAAGUUUAAGCUUGAACAUAAUAUUAAUAAAUGUUAUGUGA